GCUUUUUUGAUGAAGUAAUUUUGUACCUCAUUACUGACUACACAAUGCUAGCCAGAUGAAGUGUUAUUUUUGUCGCAGAAAACUUUUCAUUGCUCGUAGCUUUCUGUAUGUAAACUUGUAUUGAGUACUAUGGAUAUUAAAAGCUUUGAGGAUAAAUAAUUCCGAUUUUAGUUAUGAUAAAUAGUUACGAAGUCAGAUGGCAAACGAUGGUGGAGUUUAUCUCAUGCCCAUUUUUAUGCCAAGUAUAUAUGUAGCUUUCUCUACCGCUCUAUAAACCUGGCAUUGUGUUUAGUUGAUGGCGUCUACCUUUUCUCCUGAAAUACUCGUUUACGUAUGUAACAACAUCUUCACUUAAUGUGAAGUGGUCUACGAACUUAAAUUGAUCAUGGCUGUCAGGCUCUUAAUUUAGGUCUCUAAAUAUAAGGUAAGAUUGUAAACCCCGGUUUUGAACUCUGGUUCAAAGAAAUUUCGUGAUUAGUUGAACUUACCUGGGCAAUCAAAAAGUGCCACCGCCUAAAGAUAAGGAAGUAGAAGCGAACACGCACGAGAUACUUUUAAACCAUGAGUUCACAAUUAAUAGACACAACUUCGAAAUCAAGAAAACCUAAGAAUUCUGCAUUCUUCCAACAGAAACUUCCAGCAUGGCAACCAAUGUUUACUGCUAAAAAAUCUGGGAUAGCAUUUACAAUUUUUGGAUUUGCAUUGAUACCUAUUGGAAUUGUAUUACUAGUUACUUCAAAUAAUGUUGUAGAAUAUGUUGUAGACUAUACAGAUUGUACUGAAGCUGGUACUCAAGAAUUAUGUUCACAAAGAAUAGCCUCUGGGCAACCAUGUAUUUGCUUUAAACAAAUUUCUAUUGAAUCAUCUAUACCUGGACCUGUUUAUUUAUAUUAUGGUUUAAGUAAUUUUUAUCAAAAUCAUCGAAGAUAUGCACGAUCUAAAAAUGAUGAACAAUUGCUUGGUACAGCUUAUCUUAGCCCAAGUGCUUUAACUUCAUGUCUCCCAUAUGCAUCAAUUGAUGAUAAAUCAAUACUUCCGUGUGGUUCCAUCGCUAAUAGUAUAUUCAAUGAUACAUUUAGUGUAAUGUAUACACGAAAAGAUAAUAUAAAAGUUCCUGUCACAACGACAACCAAUGGUAUAGCUUGGCCUUCGGAUGUUGAUCGCAAAUUUGGAACUUUAAAUGCUAAUGCUCUCAAUAAUACAAUUAAACCACCUAAUUGGCCUAAAUCAAUUCAAGAAAGAUCAACAAAUCCAUUUAAAACUGAUGAAGCUUUAAUUGUAUGGAUGAGAAUUGCUGCUUUGCCAACAUUUCGUAAAUUAAGCGCUUAUGUAGUUCAUAAAGAUGAAUUCGCUGAUGGUUUACCUGCAGGAACGUAUGAAAUUACAAUUAAUUAUUUUUAUCCAGUGACUUCAUUUGGUGGCAAAAAAACAUUCAUUAUAGCUAAUGCUAGUUGGUUAGGCGGAAAAAAUCCAACACUUGGCAUUAUAUGUCUUAUUACUGGUUCUAUACAUAUAUGCCUUGGUAUUGCAUUCCUUAUUGUACAUUUUGUUUAUGGUAAACGUCCAGCAUUUCCUCCAUCUGCUUGUCUUAUUCGGUGUGCAUAUUGAAAAAAGCUCAUCAAAGUCCACCAGUGUUUUCAUGAUCCCCGACUUUUUACAACAUUGUACACAAAACAAAAAAAGGCCAACAACCAUCACGAUUAUUAUUGAUUAUUAUCAUGAUUAUGAUUAUUUUCACAAGUUGAAUUUAUGUACAAUGUGUGACUUGAUUCUUGUUUUUUUUUCUCUUCUGCACUGAUCUUGCUUGAUUUGUGUUGUCGAGUUGUGCUUGUUUUUGUUUUAAUCAAAAACAGAUUAUAACAUAUCAUCAUUAUUUGUAAUUUAUUAUUAUUGUGAUAAUUAUUAUUAUUAUUUUUCUUAACAAACCUGAGCUUCUUUUAGUUUUCUCCGAUGUUCAAUCUUCAAUUUGAUUAAAUGUAGCAAUUAUUCUAUAUAUAUAUAUAUAUAUAUAU